UUAAAGAUGUGGAUGGAACGAUUGAAUACCAAACUAAAAUUGUGAAAUUCUCUUCAGUUCAUCAUUUAUCUCUUCAUUUUCCGACCAAUUUCGGAGAUGAUUCAACUAAGAUUUACUACAUCGGAUUAAGUGGAGAAUGGACUAAAGCGGAUAGAGUUGGGGUUGUCAAUUGUGUUUACGAGUCCAGACCUAUGAUGGAGGAUCAUAAACAGGAUUUACAGAAUGAUAUCUCUGAACAAGACGGAGCAGUAUCCUCUGUCAGUGGCGGAGAUGGCUCCGACUUCUGAACAAAUCUUGUAAUAUAUAAAAGGAUGGUGGAGUAGCAUCUAUGAACGGAGCAGGUGGUUCAGCGUUCUAAAUCUGAAUUCCAUAUCAUAUCAUAUCAUGGACCCAUUUGGACUUACAUCGAAAGUCUGAAGGAAUAUGAUGACUUCAAUGAGAUGGUUUUGGAACGUAGACGAAGAAAUUGGAAACUGGUUCUGUGGAAUCAUAGAAGCUACUGAAUCAAAAACCUAUGAUCAACCCUGUGAUAAAUCUGUUCUAUCAAUUUGUAACUCGCUAAUCCUGAUUAAUAUAAUUAAUUACUUUUCAGA